AUGUCCUCUGAGCUUCAAGAUCCCAUUCCCCUCCAAACAUUGUCUCGGCGUGGGGAUCAACCGGUCAAGAAUAACACAAUUGCAGUAUCUCAUACCGUUUCCGAAGCCGGUAAUGCUGAUAUACAAGACGGGCCAGAAUUCCCUUCACCCGAUAAUGAAGGUCUAGUAUCUCUCCCGCCUAUGGACAAAGGCUUCGCAGCAUGGUCGUUCGUAGCCGGAGGAUUCUUGAUCGAAACGUUCGUAUGGGGAUUCGGCUUCACGUACGGAGUCUUUCAAGAAUACUUUCUCCACAAUCGUACAUUCGGCGACGCGUCCGAGGCAGAGCUCGGAGCGAUCGGAACCGUGGCGUUGGCAACUCAGUAUUUCGAGCCGUUGUUUGUGAAUAUGAUCGCGAUGCAUUGGCCGCAUAGGACACGGCUUUUGUUGUGGUCCUCGCUUGGACUGUGUUGUGGAAGUCUGCUGCUCGCGAGCUUUGCAACCAAGGUUUCCCAUCUUAUUCUCCUACAAGGCAUCAUGUUUGGAAUCGGAGGUGGUGGGCUGUAUGCACCGGUUAUAAUCUAUCUCUCAGAAUGGUUCUCGGUUCGAAGAGGACUCGCCGCUUCCAUUAUAUUCGGAGGGUCUGGCGCAGGGGGGGCUUGCUUCCCCGUCGCAGUUAACCUUCUGCUUACUAACCUUGGGUUCAGGUGGACACUCCGUAUCUGGGCGGGUUUCAUGUUAGUGUUCGGAGCACUCGCUCUCACAUUCACUCGCCCUCGUCUUCCAGUUGUUCGGCCUCAAAACUCGGAUGGCCCAAGUCUGUGGGUAAAGUUCAGGAGACAGCAUUGGGGCUUCUUGAAGAGUCCCUUAUUUAUUUGUAUGAGCUUGACGAACAUCAUUCAAGCACUUGCGUACUUCCCUGUUUCUUUGUACAUGACUGUAUAUACCACGUCCUUGGGGCUAUCCUCUCUGAACGGAGCUCUUGUCCUUUCUGUAUUCAACUUUUCGAGUAUAAUCGGUCAGAUCGUAUUUGGGCAUGCAUGUGAUAUCAUGCCCUAUCAAUACGUGAUCAUCGUCUCUGGAGCAGGAGCCGCGCUUUCCGCAUAUUUACUCUGGGGUUUCGCGCACAGUCUGGGCCUCAUCUUUGCGUUUGCUAUUGUCUUCGGAAGUCUCGGUGGUGGAUUUGCGUCCGUUUGGCCUGCGGCGUCAGUAGAUAUCGCAGGCUCUGAACAGUCGGUAUUCUUGAACGCAUAUGGUCUGCUUACAAUGGGAAAAGGUGUGGCAGCAAUUGUGGGACCUUUGAUGGCUGCUGCGCUCUAUCAUCCUGAAGAAGCGGCAGUUCGGAACACGUACAGUGGGUAUGGGUUCCAUGACGUUACGUUGUUUGUGGGAAGUAUGAUGGUGGCUACUGCUGCUGGAGGUGUGGUUACAAAAUGGGCCAAGAGGGUUGUUUGGUGA